AUGGCCGAACCGAAAACCAAUGAGCUCGUAACAAUUAGCGAAAUUGCGAAUGGUGGCUCUGUACCCCAGCCAGAAAAUGCAGUACCUGCUCCCGAUUUACCCCCUCCCAAGACCGAUAAGCCUCGGCCUCAUAUUUGUACGACUUGCACUCGUUCUUUCGCCCGUUUAGAGCAUCUGAAACGCCAUGAGCGAUCCCACACGAAGGAGAAGCCCUUUGAAUGCCCGGACUGUUCAAGAUGCUUUGCGAGAAGAGAUCUGCUACUGCGACAUCAACAGAAACUGCAUAUGACUACUACUCCCUCGUCGCGUCCUCGCAAUGCUCGCCGGGAAAGCACAAGUAGCUCUACUCGUGUGAGGAAGAAUUCGAUUGUGAAUGGAGGUAAUACCAUGCGGCCUCGGGCGAAUACAAUUAGCCACGUAGAUCAUGCUACCGUGGGAAUGGUUCCAAGCAUGGAUAUCUCGAAAACACCUCUCUCUGGACAUCCCAGCCACCAACCUGUUGGCUCGGUUCCCAGUAUGCCAGGACUUGAAUAUCGUGCAAUGCCUUCGGAUGCUCGCCAUGCCACGAUAAACGGAUUGAGCAAGCUGGAUACUAACUCUCUCUCGUUGAAUUUGCCCGAUGCUCUUCGAACGGCUCCGGUAUAUGGUAGUUUUGGCGGCGAUUAUAGUUUUAGUGACCUUAUGUUAGGCCAUGGAAGUACUAUUAACCCGGCUCAGCUGCAUUUUUCUGCGUCACCGAACCCUUUUCUGGAUACUCCCGCCUCACCUUUUACUCCUGCGUUCUCAAACAUGGCCUCAACUCAGAACAUGUUCGAAGACGAUAUCAAGUACGAUUGGAUCAAUGGAUUUGAUAAUACUAUGACGCUGAGCGGCCCCAAUGAAUCAGCCAUCGAUAACUCCUCUCCCUCAGCAAUGAGUACAGGUAGCCCUACUGGAAUCAGCGAAGCCCUUCUAGAGAGUUCGAGCCAUACAAUAACAUCGUCCGGUGCUCCUUGGUCAAAUUCCAUGCCAUCACAGAACCCGUCGAACCCAUUCGGUCUAGAUUUCUCCCAACCUACCUUUCAUGAUCCUUCGGUGCAGGGAGAGACUCUCUCUCCUAAGUCAAUUUUAACUCAAGUUCCAGACCACUCCUUCCCAACUUCAUCCUCCAUCGCAUCCAUGGGGGGAGCAGUAUUAUCGAACCUCUCGAAUACUUUGUUUCCGGGCUCCAGUACGUCUCAGAACUCCGCAGGGUUUGAACCGUCGUUCAUGCAGACAGGGCUCCCGCUCCCCUCUAGUGCAAUCACCGACUCUACACGUCAAGCCCUAAUAACGACGCUACAGCAGCCAUCAACUUUCAUUAGCCGUAGGUACUCUCAACCGUCAACUAGCUCGUCUUUCACUCCUGGAAGUUUACGGUCACCUAUGUUUGAGAGCAACCCUUACGUCCUGCCAAGUACCAACGAUCUACAACGCUAUAUUGCAGCUUAUAUACAUUACUUCCAUCCUCAUAUGCCGUUCCUUCACCUUCCUACGCUGGACUUCAAGGCCCCUGAUAAUCCAAGUAAAUUCAAUGCUGGCAAAGGGUAUGGGAAUGCAAAUUUCUCAAGGCUUUCGGGUGGUAGCGGAUGUCUGAUACUAUCAAUGGCAGCCAUUGGUGCUUUAUAUGAAUUUGAGACUGCGACCUCAAAGGGGCUAUUUGAGUCUGCGAAGAAAAUGAUUCAGUUGUAUCUUGAAGAAAGGCGGAAGGCUGAUAUGGCUGGUUUGAAUCGCGCGAAUUCUAGCAGGGAGGACUCGAUAAAAAACACCCCACUGUGGCUAGUCCAAGCGAUGCUGUUGAAUGUCAUUUACGGCCAUAACUGUGAUGACAAAACCGCAGCAGAUAUCGCAAUGACCCACUGUGCAUCAUUGUUAAGUCUUGCAAAGGCGGCAAAACUAACUCAGCAUCGUCCCCCGGAAGAGCUCUCAGAUCUCCUUGGUUCUGGUGAUGCACCUGUUAAUGCCUUUCCAGAGAUGAGGGAGUGGCUACAAUGGAAGGUGAUGGAGGAGCGAAAGCGAACCUUAUAUGCUAUCUUUACUUUAUCAAGCUUGUUGGUGUCGGCAUAUAAUCAUGCGCCAACUCUUACUAACUCAGAAAUUCGCUUGACUCUUCCUUGUGAGGAGGAAAUCUGGGCGGCUAGCUCCCCUGAGGCAUGGAAGGCACUGGGUGGCAAAAUCCACGCUGACCAAAACGCUAUCCAAUUUUCAGACGCUCUGAAAACUCUUCUAGUAGCCGGCCAAAACACAGGUUCCAGCAUGCAAAUGGACGGCUUUUCACCUGCCGAUCUGAAGCCCAGCACUUUUGGCUGUUUGGUUCUGAUUCUUGCCCUCCAUAAUUAUAUCUGGGAGACCCGCCAGCAGCACUUGGGAAAACAGUGGACAAGUCAGGAAACAGAAGCCCUACAUUUGCAUCUCGAACCCGCGUUUAGAGCUUGGCAGACUGCUUGGAGUAACCAUCCGAGCCACAGCCUGGAACGGCCAAAUCCUUAUGGCGCGGGCCCUUUAUCAGCAGACAGUAUACCUCUUCUGGAUCUUGCGUACGUUCAAUUAUACGUUAAUCUAGGCCGGUCUAGAGAAGCGUUUUGGCAGCGUGACUGGAACGGCAUGGUCAACGAACUCUCGCAAGCUGCGGAUGUAUUGCAGCCGCCAGACGGAAGCCCAACUUCCACUUUUGCCCCGGAGUCGCUGAGCGAUCUCAAUACUAUAGGCUCUGCUUCCAAUGACAAUACUCUGGGAUACCAAGGCACCCCCCGUCGCUUAAACCCAACUAUGAGUGAACGUCAUUUGCGUAAAGCUGCCUUCUACGCUGCUGACUCGAUUAGCAUGGCAGACAAAUUUGGCAAUACUUUCAUCGAGUUUACUUCGAGAGAGCUUCCUCUACAAAGUGCUAUGUGCCUAUUCGACUGUGCUCAGAUACUAGCGGAAUGGAUUAGCACAGUUCAAGAUCGUGUUGGACCAUAUUUGGGUAUUCUUGGUCAGCCACCCGCCGAUCUAAGUCAGGUACCAGCAAUCAUGUUGCUAGAGGAUGAGGAUUACAAAUUGAUCCAAAAGGUCGAAGACAUUCUUCAUCGGGUAGAGUUGAAAAUGAAAGAUAGAGCCCCGAGUGUUUGCUCGACGGCCGGAGAGGCAUGGGACUGCCUGCCUAGUUUGGUGGACGGUGGAUAUGCUACCAAAAUAUCGCUGUCGAUAGCUUACCUACUGGACCGUGCAGGGGUUUGGCCUGUUAUCAAAUUAAUGGCCCGUGCCCUUGACACGCAAGCGCAGCGUAUGAAAGAGAGAGCCCAGCUCUCCGUCUCCAGAUAA